GGCGGUUCCCGCCACACGCUGCUUGUUAGGUCGAGUAGGGUGAGAUCAUGUCUGGCAGAGGCAAAGGCGGGAAGGGGCUCGGCAAGGGAGGCGCUAAGCGCCACCGCAAGGUGCUGCGCGACAACAUCCAGGGCAUCACCAAGCCGGCCAUCCGCCGCUUGGCUCGCCGCGGCGGCGUCAAGCGUAUCUCGGGGCUCAUCUACGAGGAGACUCGCGGUGUGCUCAAGGUCUUCCUGGAGAACGUGAUCCGCGAUGCUGUCACCUACACCGAGCACGCCAAGAGGAAGACCGUGACGGCCAUGGACGUGGUCUACGCGCUCAAGCGCCAGGGACGCACCCUCUACGGCCUGCUCUGUCUACGGUCCUGCUGCAGCGCCAUGGCGCGUACAAAGCAGACCGCGCGUAAGUCCACCGGCGGGAAGGCUCCCCGCAAGCAGCUGGCCACCAAGGCGGCCCGCAAGAGCGCCCCGGCCACGGGCGGCGUCAAGAAGCCGCAUCGCUACCGGCCCGGCACCGUGGCUCUCCGCGAGAUCCGGCGCUACCAGAAGUCCACCGAGCUGCUGAUCCGCAAGCUGCCCUUCCAGCGCCUGGUGCGUGAGAUCGCGCAGGACUUCAAGACCGACCUGCGCUUCCAGAGCUCGGCCGUGAUGGCUCUGCAGGAGGCGAGCGAGGCUUACCUGGUGGGGCUGUUCGAGGACACCAACCUGUGUGCCAUCCACGCCAAGCGUGUCACCAUCAUGCCCAAGGACAUCCAGCUGGCCCGCCGCAUCCGCGGAGAGCGUGCCUGAGGCUGCUGCCCUGCCACCAUCAAACCCAAAGGCUCUUUUAAGAGCCAC